GUUUACGGGUGUUUUGCUUGCAUGUAUGUCUGUACUGCGUGCUUGUCAGAAGAGUGCUGGAUCCCUGAAACCGGAGUGACAGGUGGUUGUGGGUUGCUAUGUAGGUGGCAGGAAUAGAAUCAAGCCUGCUUCCUCUGCCAGAACAGCAAGUGCUCUUCACCCCUGAGCCACAGGAGCCCUGUUUUGGAGAAUGAGUAAAGGAUUGGCAAGAAUAGGAAGGCAACAUCCCAAGGAGCGGGGAGGAGGGAAUCUUUCUGGUGUAAAGGGUAGGGAGAGUUGGCAUGAGGGUAUUUCUCUGUGGCCGCGGUGGCAGUCUGUGAGGUAUAUCGGCAAAUCUCCAGCUUGUUCUUUGUGCGCUCUGCAUUGACCCAGGGAGGACCUCUAAGCAGGGAAAUGGCAGGCUCGGCUUUGGAGUAUUAGGAGAAACCCUGGAUUGAAAACGGCUGUCCCUAAGAGAGAGGCUCCGAGGUUAAGAGCCCGUGUUGCUCUUCCAGAGGACCCAGGCUCGCUUCCCAGCCCCCGCAUCUUCUGUAACUCCAACUCCAGGAUCCGAUGCCUUUUCCUGCCCUCCAUGGGCACAAGUUCCUUCGCGACUGUAAACUGGAUUCCCGGAGCACUGAGUAAUUCUGUGUGCACAGAUAGUACCUGUUGGCAGAGCACACCGAUACUCAGAUAGUCUGACGAGGACUGGAUCACUGCUGGUGCUACAAUGCAAGCUUUAGGGCCCUCAAACAUGACAGCUCUCUCUCCAGACCCCUCAGCUCCGCCUUCCAGUGAACAAGGCACAGUUCCUAGAGUGGACACUCUCAGUGUCCGAGAAAGGAUCCUAAGAGGAUAUGCUGAUGACCUAGAGUCUUUCAGGCAGAAGUUCAGGUGGUUUUGUUACUCGAAAGAAGAAGGACCCAGAAAAACCCUGAAUCAACUCUGGGAGCUCUGCAAGCAGUGGCUAAGACCAGACAUUCACACCAAAGAGCAGAUCUUAGAGCUGUUAGUGUUUGAGCAGUUCCUGAGGGUUCUGCCUGGAGAGAUGAGGAUUUGGGUGGAUUCUCAGCAUCCUGAGAGUAGUGCGGAGGUAGUGAUGCUGGUAGAAGAUUUGAACCAAACGCUGGAAGAAAAGGAAGAUCUUAGCACUCAGGAUUCUGCUGUUUGCAAAGAGGAGGAUUUGGGAGAAGAUGAGAUGGUGGCUGUUCCUCCAAGUACCGAGCCACGUGAAUCUGUAACGUUUGAGGACGUGUUUGUGGACUUUAGCAGAGGAGAGUGGAAGAUGCUGGAGCCAGCGCAGAGGGAACUGUAUAAGGAAGUGCUGCUGGAAAACUUAGAGAACGUAGAAUUCACAGCAGGCGCUCCAGUUUCUAAAUUUGACUUGAUUUCCCAUCUGAAGUGGGUUAAGUUACCAAGGGUACUAGAAAAAGAACUUUCAAAAGGCCCCAGACCAGAGGCUGGAAGUGAGUCUAGAAGUGAGUUGGAUACUUUUAUGGAAGACUUGACUUUAGAAAAAAUCGUAGAAUACUGCUUCAGUGAUGAUGGUUAUGGCUUGAAGACAGAAUUUCAGAAGCGACAUGGCAAAUCCAAGAAAGGUCAUGGCAAGCAGAAUAGCCAUGGGAGUAAAGAGCCUGAGUCUGAAGAGAGCCCCUCUGGAAAGAAUUCCAAACAAACUUCUGGCACAGCCAAACAUCAGAGAGCUUCCUUAAAAAAGAAGUCUCCAAGGUCGAAGGAAGGCAAGAAACCCUUCAGUUAUCAUUCAGAUCUUGUGAACCACAAAGAGCGCAGUGCAGAAAAGUCAAGGAAAUGCAGUGAAAGUGACAAGGACCCACGUCACCCUUCAUCUAUUAUUGAACAUAUGAAACAUCCAAAGAUUGGUUCGUUGAGUAAGACUCAGAAGUGUAGUAAGUGUGGGGUAACGUUUACUCAAAUCUCAUGGCAUAGUAGUAAAAGCUCUGAAUGUGAAAAGUGCCGGAAGAAUUUAUUUCAAGAUGAAACCUCAAACAAAGACAAAGGAGCGGAAACUGAAGAGUCCAGCAAGUGUAGGAAGUGCGGGAAAGCCUUCGGCUACACUUUGAAACGCUCUGUGUGUAUUCCGUGCAGAAAAGCCCGCAAAGCUAAUUCGUCCCUCAAACCACGUAAAAAAACGGACAUAAAAAGGCCUUACAAGUGUGAUGAAUGUGGGAAAAGUUUUGCUGGGUUACAAGCUAUUGAUAAGCAUCGACGAAGUCAUACUGGGGAAAAGCCCUAUGUGUGUAAACACUGUGGGAGGCCCUUCAGUGACAGCUCCUCAUUUUAUCAACACCAGAGAAUCCACACGGGAGAAAAACCAUAUAAGUGCAAUGAGUGUGGGAAAUCCUUCACUCAUAGCUCCUCUCUUUCAAAACAUCAGAGAAUACACACUGGAGAGAAGCCCUAUAAGUGUAAUGAGUGUGGAAAAGCCUUCAGACAGAAUUCUUGCCUUACCCGACAUCAGAGAACACACACUGGAGAAAAACCGUAUGUGUGUAAGGAGUGUGGACUGUCUUUCAGCCUUUUCAGUACUGUCGUCUAUCAUCAAAGACUUCAUGCAGGAGAAAAACCCUACAAGUGCACCCACUGUGAAAAAGCCUUCCCUACUCACUCCCGCCUCAGUCGCCACUUGAGAUGUCACAGCGGUGCGAAACCAUACAAAUGUAAAGACUGUGGGAAAACUUUCAGACAGAGUUCAUCUCUUAAUUUGCAUGUCCGAACUCAUACUGGAGAGAAGCCCUACAAAUGUGAUUAUUGUGAAGCAACCUUUACUCGGAGCACAAUCCUUGUUGAGCAUGUAAAAACUCACACCAGAAGUGUACAGUAUGAAUGUAAAAAAUGUGGUAAGAAAUCUAAAAGUCGGUCAGCCAGUCUCAGGCAUAACUGUACAGCAUAAUUCUGGGAACACAGUGAGAAGAGGGGAGGUUGAUUCAGAUUGUGCCCUUAUUUAAAAACUUGACAUGUAAACUACCCACAGCAUUGAUUAGAAGCUUCAACUUUAGUGGCUUCACAUCCAGGAAGAGACUUCUUCCCCUUUGGUGCCUCUUCUCGAGGAUGGUCAGUUUUGAUUAGACUUGACAAAGUUAUGUUGACGUGAAGAAAACCUGACGUGAAGAGAAAUAAUUCUGAAAAGACAAACUUAAGUUUGAGAAACACUUUUCUUCAAGGAAUUCUCACUCUGGCUUCCUCCCCCUGCCCUAUGGUAUAAGGGAAAAGAACAUAACUAGGCUGUCAUAGCCUGGGUUCUACCCCAGUUUGCCAGCCAACCACUGUGCCACCCUAAAAAAGGCAUUUGGACCUUCUGAAUCUUCAUUUCUUUACCACUAGAGUGAAAAGACAUUAAUGAUUUCUAUGCUUUCUUUUUGUCUGAUAUUCUGAUACUACAGAAAUCAUUUGAACAUGUUUGAUUCAUUGGAAUUGCUGUAUCCAGUGGACGGUUACUUUCUUACAGGAUAGCGGACUUGUAGAUUAGUGAGAAAAUGGGAUGUUUGGCAGAGGAUCCGAGAAUGUGAUAAACCACAUCGGGGAAGCUCUCUGACGUUUCCCUUCAGAUAAUGCUCUAAUUGGCACAAAUGGCCCCAACUCUGUAUCUUUUGAGAUUUGCCCUCCAUGGAUUGAAAAUCCAGAGAGCUUGUACCUGAGCCAGCCAGUCCUGAAAGUAAGAGUCCUGGAAAAGCAUCAAAACCAACUGUUUGAGACGGAUUAUUCUCCUGCAGCGAGCACAGCCUCCUGCUCCACAGUGUAAGAAUUCUCUAUGGCAAAAGGUACAAGAUGCUAGACUGAAUCAAGUUGGAGCCUUAAGUGUGUUUUAAUUGAUUUGUAGAGUGGGUAGGUAUGGACACACAAAGCUUUCUCUCUUUGGAAGUAAGGAAUUUUCAUGUUUUAGAGAAAGAGCUAAAAACGCGUAAGAGCUGACCACAUUAGCCUGUUAUUUCUUUGGAGAGCUCAGCUGGUCUGACUGUGGCUGCCACUUGAAUGCCAUCUUUCUCUUUUAGCCGGCUUUCUUGCCGCAGGCCUGUGAUGUUUUGUUAGCCCGCCAUUUGGAUAAAUACGUACAGUUACCUCAAAGAACCCCACUGAUAACAAGUCAAAGUCAGGAAAGGAACACGUAAGUAAGCUGUGGUUGGUAUUUUCUGACGUGAGACGUCAAUGGAACGACUUUGGGUAUUGAGGGGUAGUUCUUAAAUUUGUAAUUGAUGGAAUCUUAGUUUCUAACUAAAAAGAAAAGAAAGAAGAAAGAAAGAAAGAAAGAAAGAAAGAAAGAAAGAAAGAAAGAAAGAAAGAAAGAAAGAAAGAAAGAAAGAAAAAAAAAAGACCCUGAAUGAGGUAGUUUGGGUCUCAGGUCACUGGAUCGCAGAGGGACUUGAUUGUUGUGUAGAAAUGAUUUCCUUGGGUUGAAAUCUGAGGCAGGUUGUGAAAAGCGAGCUACACCAGCCCUCUGUCUUACAGGUGGAAGUCUCAGGCUGACCUGAGACUUAGGGAUACUUGCUGAGGUAAUGUGCUGACAUUUGAAGUGCUACCUCUGGGUACAAGGUUUGUGGGUUCUUCUGGGUGGCUCCUCCUCAUCCCUAAGUCCCCCAAAAUCUGACAUUACUUUGUGAUAAAUUGAUCAGUAUAGCUGUUGCCAAACACAUUCCUGGUGCCAAAGGAACGUGGCUUAUAAGAAUCACUCACAUGGGCUUAAGGAUUUUUGGAAAGGAUAUAUUUUAUUGAAAUAUUUAAUGAAGUACAUUAAGAAAAACUCUUAAGAAGAGAUCUGUUCCAGGGUUUUCUAGGGAAUUUCACAAGAGGAUGGUUUUUUAUCCCAGUCUCAGUUGGGGAUUAGAAACAAAACUUUUUUUUUUAACAACUUCAUUAAAAUAGAAUAUAUAUGCCUAAACACGAAGAUGUGCAGUUCAGCGAGUUUCUGUCAGUUUUACUGACGUGUGCAUCCUUCACCGUGAUCAGUU